GCACUGAUUUGAUAUUCUCAGUAGUAAGUACCAGGAAUAGAAAUAUUUAAGGACUACUUUUUUCGUGGAGGAGGGGGAGAGGAGAAAUAAAGACAGGAAAAUAAAAUAAAUUGACACCCGGGGAAUUGCCAAGUACUUGGCUUUAUUGCGCUUGACAUUAGGAGUCCUCGUUAGUACUGUAUUCAAUUUCAAAAUAGGCCAUCUUAGUUACUAGUAAUUAUGUACUCGUAGUUGAGUGGUACAAUACAAAUACACUGGUUCAAGCAGUGGCGCGUGUUGGGCUUACAAAGCAUGCGUCUARGUGACAUAAAACAAGCGAAUUAUUUACUAGAAGUACUGUAGUAAUUUGGUGCCGGUAGAAUGACUCYGGCUGCUAAUAACACAGCUCGAAAGGAAAGAAGCGGGGAAUGCGGACUCCGUAGAAAUUACUGUACAACGCAGUACGAGUCGUAACCAUAGUUUCGAUCUCAAAAAAUGAUGAUUUUCGUACCGGUACCGGUGCGAAGCGAAGACAAAGUGGUCCAUUGUACCACCAUUUCUUUCUUAGGUUCUUCGUGCCCGUGGAUCUUUUUCAUUCGCGUACGGGUAGCCCGGACAACGCAAGACUCGCAUCAGACCGUACGGUACGGUACGGUACCGUACCCCACGGCAGCGUAACCCGACGCUUCGGAAGGCAAACAGAAAAGGACCGAUUGCACGUGGGUGACGACAUCCUUCGUCUCACGCCUCUUCCUCGCAGUUCGAUCCUCGGAUUGGUUUCGUGGCGUGGACGGUGGAUUGGAGCCUAGAUGCGCAGAGAGACCAAUUGAUUGCAAACGCACAUUGCAACACGGCAGGGCCGCAUCUGGAAGGAUCGCAACCAUGGACACGUCCGGGGAAGACAACGCCCGCGACGAAACCGACCGCCGGCGCGGGCCUUCCCACGUUCCAACCGGUGCAGGUGCCAGCGACCUCGUGGGCUUGUUUGCUCCCCCCCCGGGUCCGAUCGUGGCAGUGCCACCGUCCGAAACCGAUUCCCUCCUCGGUGGUGCUGGUGGUGCUGGUGCUGGUGCUGGUGCUGGUGCUGGUGGAGUUUCCCCGGGCGUGGAAGGCGAUGGCUAUGGAGAUGGCAAUGGAGAUGGCAAUGGCAAUGGCAAUGGCAACGCCCUGGCUGAUACGAUCCGAACCAUCAACCACGCUACACCCUCCGAAGAUCACGGGAGCAGCGGGGUCCGCCCCGACGAAACCCUCAAAAACGAGUCCGGUGGGGGCGGGCGGGAUUUCUUUUUGCAAACCAAAACCAARCCACCUUCCGCCAAACGGCAGCCGUGGCAGGUCCCAGAAUCGACGCAAGAAACCAGCGGCAAGGCGAGGGAUUUCCACGAUGUCUACCWGAAACACAAUGCCUCCUGCCUCACGGUGCUUUCCGACGAUUCCGCGAUUCCGAUCGCCGCUGCGCGAAAACCRUCGGGAACCAAGACCGGAGGCAGMRGCGGUGGCAGAUGCUAUCCGUCUUUUYUCCGCMAACCACUGUCGUUGCUGGCUCCCCUGACAUCCCUCUCCACCUGGAUGGGGGGAUUCAUGUUUGUUCUGUACCACGUUGUCUUUUGCAUGGCGAACGGGGGGUCGAUUACGAGGCCCCACAGCGGGAUCAGCAUGCUCGGAGACAUGGUCCGAUACACGGCCGUGGGGAUCCUCGCCUCCUGCCCGUUUCUGGUCUACAACAUGAGCGACAACGCCAGGCAGAACCGCGUCGGCAUUCCGGCCAUGUAUCCCUCGGCGGACCUCUUUCUGGCUCCCUUUCUGGCCCAGGCAGCCGCCGCCGUGGACAAGUGCAUCUGGGAGGACUGGAAUUCCGGGGCGCUGCACCUGGCCGAUUUUGGCGGCGGCGSCGGGAACGGCAUCGACGGGGGGCGACCCGACGACGAGGCAGAACUGGCCCUGACGCGACUGUGGUUUGGCUCGUUCGCCGUGGUGGUUUCCUUUGGAAUGUUUGCGUCGGGGUCGCUGUUGGUCUUGGCCACGAAGAUCAAGCUCGCGAAUCUCGGAACCUACCUGCCGUACGGAGUCCUGUGCGGAUUUUUUUCCGCCGUUGGUUGCCUGAUGUGGAAGCUGGCCAUCACGAUCGACACGCCGACCUCUCGCGGCAACGARRACGGCGAUCCCGGCUGGACGCUGGUCUUGGUCCACCACUUGCCGAGCGUCUUCGUGGGGAUUGCCAUGAACCAACUGGGGCCAAAGCACCCGUUCUUCGUUACGGGACUGAUCUUGUUCACCGUCCUCGUCUUCUUUCUGGCCAUGCACUUCACGGGGGUUUCUCUGGAAGAUGCCCAGCGCGCUGGGUGGUUUUAUUCCCACGAAGACCUCCAGUCUUCCUCRCUUUCAUCUGCAGCGAGCGACGAGGGCAUCGUUGCCAGCGAUUCUUGGAUCGACAUGGUGUUGCCGCCCUGUCCGAUGGGCACCUGGGUUGCGAUUUUCCGAUUGGAGGUGUACUGGAAGGCCGUCUUCCUUGGCGCGGAGAACAUGGUUGCACUGGCUGUUUUGUACUUGCUGCGUUCUUCCAUCCACGCGGCGGCCCUGAAGAAGAACGUCCAUUACUUGGUGCGUCGGGUUCCCGUAGAAAACCCCGAGGCAAACCAGGAAGAGGGCAACGCCUUGACCGCCGCCAAAAACACGUACACAGAGCUUCCUAAGGGUGCUCCCGCCGCUUCCCCGCGGCACAGACGAACGGCGUCCUCGGGACUGAAAAUGGCCUUUGACGGGGCCAGCCAGCUGGCACAAUCCGUUCGAAACGAGGUUCUCAUUGUCAACAUGAGCCUGUGCGAUCGAAAAUCCCUGAAAGGAAAAUGCUAUCCAAGUUCCCGUCGCGGACGAACCAUGUCUCUUGCGUCCAAUGCUACUGCCCUGGCCCGCAACGUUGCGAAGAAAGAAAACGCUCUGUCGGAUGCUGCAUCCCAUGCAUCGCCAAUAACUUACGAUUCAAUCCCUCGAACCCCACUAAAACCCUCCACCGUCAACGAAACCGACGAAGACGAGAACAUCGACUUGGUARUCGCACCACUCGAGCGAGAGGUGUCCGGUCUUUCUCAUCGAACCAUACCAUCUGGUCUACCGCCCGACAUUUYAUCCCCCGACAAAAUGAGCAUUGCUGGCAGCAGCAGGAUUGUCUCUGGCAGCAGCCAGCUCUCCAACAACAGCAACAAAACUGAAGGAAAUGCACACACAACUAUUGCAGAUGCCGACUACGUAGAAAUCCAUGCCCCUGCAUCAGAUAUGAAGCUCGAAUACAUWUUUGUUCAGUAUGGUUACGGGCUCUUUGUAGCAGCAGUGUGUGGUGGAUUUGGUUGCUGUCCCACGAUCGCYACCAGCAACACGAUGUACGCAAUAGGAGCGGGUCGACCGGCACCGCAAUAUUUGUCGGUAGCGCUWUUGCUGGUCGCGUUUUACGUCGAGGGCUUUGAAAUAGUUCGGUUUAUUCCAAAGKCGGCAUUCUCGUCUCUGUUGGUGUUGGGAGCUGUCGACAGUUUCGUCACCUGGUUCAUCAAACCGAUUUCGAAAAUGGCCAGCCUAACGGAAUGGUCAGUUGUCCCAUUCAUGGCUCUGCUCUCACUCCUCAUUGGAUUUUUGCCGGCCGUGUUUUUGGGUAUCGGAUUGUCGACAUUCUUGUUCGUGGCCGACUUCUUUCGGGUAGGUGUUGUGAAACACGAUGCAUCCGGAUCGGAGAUUCGAUCGCGGAUCGAACGGUCACUGGACCAGUCGAUCUGGCUGGACACAAAUGGUGACUAUCUGCGAGUAAUUGUGUUGCAAAAUUAUUUGUUUUUUGGAAACGCUUCUUCUCUUCUCCGCUACAUCGAAACCAUGUUCGAAGCGAUUUCACUGACCGAAACAGAAMGGAUAGGCUUCCCAAUUCCACCCACACCGCUUGUUUUGGUCUUGGAUCUCUCAUUGAUAACCGGAAUGGACACAUCGACGGUAGACGUAUUUAUGGAAAUCUGGAGGAUGUGCAAAAGCAACGAUUGUAAACUAUACUUGUGUGGACUAUCUCUCAGAUUGAAAAAAACAUUUACCAGAGGUGGCAUGAAACCAGAAAAAAAAGGUCCGAGAAAAACUCGAACGCUGCUGUAUUUUUCAGACUUGGAUCAUGGUUUAGGAAAAGCCGAAGACGUUUUGAUAGAUACGAAAAUGGACAACUCUCCAGACCAAUCUUUGUCCUGGAUGAAGAAUGKGAUUUCUGGCUUUCACGUUGCUCUUCGACAUAUCGACGAGCUCCACGCCACAAACUUGGCUGAUAGCCUUUUGGAAUUAGAACCCCACACAAAUAUAGUUAAUUUGGAGGAGGGCCAAAUUUUGUUUGAGAAAGAUGGAGGGGUCAUUCGAGAAUCAGAUCACGGUCUCUUUUUCAUCGAAUCUGGAAUGAUUAGAAUAGAAGACGAUAGUUACAGCAGGACAAAUACACGAACGGGGGGUUCUUCCCGACGUCAUUCCUCUGGUCUUUUCGGUAAUGAGAACAGUCUAAGUAGCAAACACGCUCGUCUAGACACCGCUGCACAGCGAGCAUCUCUGAAGGCAUURGCACGUGGAAAUGACAGCAGCCAAUCGAAAAGCAUGCGAAUUGGAACGGCUGGACCGGGUUGGUAAGUACGGAUCGAACUAGAAAAUACGGAAAUGAUUCUCGGCCAAACUGACAAAGUACGAAUUUCACUGACCCUCUUUCAUUGCAAUUCUUUUUUUCCAAAYAUAGGGUGAUCGGGACGCACGAAUUUGCGACGGGACAGCAUCCACUAAAUAUAUUCAAGGCUGUGACAAAAAUCAAAAUGCAUCAUAUUCGCUUCUCUGAUUUGGCAAGAAUCGAGGAAGAAAGUCCAGCUCUUGUUUUGCGUUUAUAUAAAAUGCUUACUCAUGU